AUGUCAGGACGUGGUAAAGGAGGUAAAGGCCUAGGGAAGGGGGGUGCGAAGCGUCAUCGCAAGGUAUUGCGAGAUAAUAUUCAAGGGAUUACAAAGCCAGCUAUACGACGCUUGGCUAGGCGUGGGGGUGUUAAGCGUAUUUCCGGUUUAAUAUAUGACGAGACCAGAGGUGUGCUCAGAAUAUUCUUGGAAAAUGUCAUUCGUGAUGCAGUAACUUAUUGUGAGCAUGCCAAAAGAAAGACAGUAACUGCUAUGGAUGUGGUCUACGCUUUGAAACGUCAGGGGCGUACUAUUUAUGGAUUUGGUGGAUAA